UGAGGUCGCUGUUGAGCGGAAGACACGCAUCCAUAAAUACACACACACUCUCUCUCGCUCUCUCUUACACACGGGAUUUAUACUGAGAACAAGCAGGCAGGCGGCAGGGAAAAGCCCCGACGUCCCUUUCCUCGUCCGUUCGAGUAUUUCACAGAGCCAAAUGCCCGGUCCGACGCAAGCUCUAUCCCCCAAUGGAGAGAACAACAACGACAUCAUUCCGGACAGCAACGGCACCAACAUCAUUCCCUACAGAAAGAACACAGUGCGCGGAGAGCGCGCCUACAGCUGGGGGAUGGCGGUCAACGUUUAUUCUACCUCAAUCACCCAGGAGACUAUGAGCAGGCAUGACAUCACAGCCUGGGUGAACGAUCUGCUCUGUCUAAACUACACUAAAGUGGAGCAACUGUCAUCAGGAGCAGCGUACUGUCAGUUCAUGGACAUGCUGUUUCCCGGCUGCAUCAGUCUUAAGAAGGUGAAAUUCCAGGCCAAGUUGGAGCAUGAAUACAUCCACAACUUCAAACUCCUGCAGGCCUCCUUCAAGAGGAUGAAUGUUGAUAAGAUCAUCCCUGUAGAGAAGCUUGUCAAGGGACGGUUUCAAGACAACCUGGACUUCAUUCAGUGGUUCAAGAAGUUCUUCGACGCCAACUACGACGGGAAGGAGUACGACCCGGUGCAGGCCAGACAGGGCCAGGACGCCAUUCCCCCUCCAGAUCCCGGCGAGCAGAUCUUCAACCUGCCAAAGAAAUCCCAGCAUGCCGCCAGCUCUCCCACCGCAGGAGCUACUAGAUCAACCAGUUCAACCCCUAAAUCCUCCACCUCCACCUCCACCUCCCGACCCUCCUCUGCCAAAAAGAUCCCUGUUAUGUCAGCGACACCCGCUAAAGGAGAGAAGGAGCUGGAAGCCCAAGUAACACAACUAAACGAUCAGCUCAAUACAUUAAAGCUAGCACUAGAAGGAGUGGAGAAGGAGCGAGAUUUCUACUUUGGGAAGCUGAGAGAGGUGGAGCUGUUGUGUCAGGAGCAGGGCCAGGACAACGGGCCCUUCGUGGAGAGACUCAUGGAGGUGCUGUACUCUGCAGACGACCAGGAGGCAGGCGGAGAGGAACACGAGGCUCCGGCUCAGGAGGAGGACGUCCCUGACGACACACAGGACGAAUACUGAACAGCUGUCAAUCAAACAGACACCUGAACAUACAUGCACUCAGUCAGAAAACUGCUUUUGGGUUCAUUUCCUCCAACUCAUGACGGUUUAUUUCUCACGUGUCUUUUUUUGUUCAUUUUGAAGCCCUGUUUAAUUGCAUCAUGACUAUUAUGAACAUGUCAUCCAACAGCAGCUUAAUUGGUGAAUGUUGUUCGUGUGAAGCCCGUGAUAACAACCACUGCACAUCAACUCCAUUCAGUUUUUACUUUAACUGAAGUCUGUUGGCGUUUCCACCUGCUGUUUUCAUCUCACCACACCGAUGAAGGCGAAUUGACCUUUUUUAUUCCUUAAGCUGUUAAUGUUUUAAGAUGUGACGUAUUGAACCAUUACAUUUUAAAAUAUUGCAAUAAGAGUAGCUCAAAGAGCCACCGGUACCAUUUGUGAAACAUCACCUCAUGAUAGAUUCCUUCAGAAGAUUAACUAUUGGUUACCAUGGAAAAUUCUGCAUUAUAACCUAAUGCAUACUGGUAUUAUAAACCCAUGUGAUUCAUUUGGAAACGUAGCUCAAUUUUUCACCAUGUUAAAUGAAAUCUACUCAUUUUGUUUUUGAUCCAAGCCAAUCACAGUGUUUGAUAGGAAGCAUUUCAUUUGAACUGUGCAAUCCGUAUUCUGCGUCUAAACAUGUUUUACUUUAUAUGUACAGUAAAAAAA